UGUUGUCAACGGGAAAAAGCUUGAAAAGCCUAGAAUUCUCAAGAAAGAAAAGCUCAAGAAAAAAUGGCGGAUUUGGUGGUUCUUUCUCAAUCUUCUCUUCUACUGCCAAAGUUUCGCUCACACUCUCCAACUCUAGGGCUUCCCCCUCUUCGCUACUCAUCUCCUUCGUGCUUCAGCCAGAGAUCCGUGUUCCACUCUUUGACCGGAACGAUUCGCGCCAAUUCGUCGGCAAACCCCCUUUCCCGGAAAAUCCCCAUUUCUAGGGUUUCCUCCAGCUCGAACUCCCCAAACUCCGCCUUUCCACCAGGCACAGGCGGCGGAGACGGUCUCGGCGGCGGAGGGAACAACAACGGCGGCGGUGGCGGCGGUAAAGAAGAGAGCGGCGGCGGAUCGGGCGACGGCAAGAAGAUGUCGAUGUCGCAGAAAUUGACUCUGGCGUACGCGGCUCUGGUCGGAGCUGGCGGGGUUAUGGGGUACUUGAAGGGCGGCAGCCAGAAAUCGCUGGUCGCCGGGGGAAUAUCGGCCCUGGCGCUGUGCCUCGUUUACGGCCAACUCGCGUCGAGACCGGUGCUUGCGUCGUCGCUGGGGCUGGGCGUGUCGGCGGCGCUGCUGGGGGUGAUGGGGUCGCGGUUCAAGAGUUCGGGGAAGGUUUUUCCGGCGGGGGUUGUGUCGCUUGCGUCGCUUGUGAUGGCCGGCGGGUACCUUCACGGGAUUAUGCGCAGCUUGCACUGAGUGGUUUGAUUUGAUCGGAUCGGAAUAGUCUUCUGAGUGUUGUUUGUGUUAGUUGUGUUUUUUUUUGGGUGGUUUUAUUUUCUGGGUUGUGUUUUGGUGAAAAUGAAACUGCUACUUUGUUAAAUGGAAGACGAUAAUGACACCUUUUCUAGUUUAAAA